AUGGAGGGAUUAGACUAUUAUAAAUCUUUAAUAUCAGAUGAAGAAGUCAUUAGUGCCCUUAUUAAAGACAGCAAAGUAAGGGAAGGAGAGAUUGAAAAGACAAGAGUUAGACCAAAUUUAAAUUUUUUUCAACGAACUGUCUCAAAUCUGGUAUCCUCUAAUAAUAGAAUUUCAGACAACCAAGAAAAAUUUAUAGCUAAAGAAAAGGAAAAGAAUACUAAGAGAUCUAGACCAAGAAAAAUUCCAGUGAGGAAAAAAUUAGCCAUAGAUUAUAUUAAAGAGAUAUUGUCAGAUAGAAUAGAAUUUACAAAAUCUAAAGAUCAAGAAUGUGCUGAUACCAAAAAAAGUACAAAUGAUUUAAAUUUGACAGAUGAUGAUAAAUUAAGAAUAGGCACACCUCCCAAUCACGAUAUCAAACAGAGACAGAAAAGGGUUUUUGUGUGCAAGAAAACCCCGUUUCAACAAAUUAGGGAAAUAUUAUCUAAUAAUGUGGACAAAAGUACUUCGGCAUCGUCUAGUAACGAACUAAAAGACAGCACUGUAUUGAAAAAUGUGACAGAAAGUGAGAUUGAAGAUGCCAUAAGAAGUAGAAAAACUACUGUUUCAGAUAUUAAACGAAAAUUUAGUGGACUUUAUACAAACACCAGUAAAAUUAAAAAGUUAAAACAUGAAAAUAUCAACUGUCGAAGUUCUAGCGAUUCAUCAGAUGAUAGUUCAAAUUAUCAGCGUUCAUCGUCUAAAAAAGAAAGCUAUACGGUUUCAUCCAUAAAGACAAAGACACCUAAAAGUAGUGAGUCUUCAGAUGAUAGUUUAUGUUAUCGUCGAUCAUCUUUAAAGAAAACCAGUUCUUCGUUCUCCACAAGAAAACUAAAGAUUCGACAAAGCAGUGACUCUUCCGAUAAUAACUCAAGGUCAUCGAUUAAUAAAAAUAGUUUUACACUCUCUAAGAAGGAUGUACAUUUCCGCCAAAGAAGGGAGUCGUCAGAAGCGAGCGUUAUUAGCGUUUCUGAUACUUCCUGUAAUGAAGACAAUGAUUCAGACGUUUGUAUAGUUGAAGAAAAAUGA